GGCUUACAGGCAAUUGACUCAGAUGUUGAGUCCAAUCCUCUACUUAGUGGAAAUAGUCCCUGUGCAAUCGAGUUUCCUACUACCAGUAAAGAUGACAGUGGUUCCUCGGCAGCUCUUGAAAAGGAAACUGCUGUUGUCAAUCAACCUGAAAUGACAGUCGCUAGAAGAAGACUGUCCCCUGGUUCAUGGCAGGGGCAGAUGAAAAUAUCACUUUUCAAGAAAGCCAGAGCCGUGUUUUAUGUGAUGGGAAAUAUUGAUUUUGAAUGGGCAUCAUCGUGGUCCUUAGAUGCAGCUGGUUUCCUAGCAACCAGCAUCCGUUGCUAUGAGUUUUCUGUAGAGUUGCUAUGUGAUGAUAAGGAGAAUGCAGACUGUAUUAUCAACAUAACAAGGAGACUGGCAAAUUCAAGAAAUGAACUUGGUAAAUUGUACAUGAAACAAGCUGCUAUAAUUUACUACCAGGCAGCAUUGUCUUGCAUUGGUGAGAAACCGUCUCACAUCAGAGAGUCAGUAUGUUGGGAGUUGUCGUCAACCUACUUCACCAUAGCAACGCUGUUACAAGACAAUGCACCAUUGGCCGUUAUGGCGCAAGAACAGGUUGAGAGAGAUAUUAAUGACCUGAUGAUGAAAGCUUUAAAAUACUGUGAUGUAAACCAGUCUUCACCACAGUAUCCUAUAGUACGUUACAGAGCAGCUACAAUCCACCAUAGAUUGGCAUCAAUGCAUCACAACUCAUACAGAAAUCAGGUUAAUGAACAGAAAAGAAAACAAGGAAAAUCAUUGACUGAAUUGCAUUAUGGGAAAGCCAUAAAGCUAUUCCAAGAAUUGGACCGUCCCUCUGAAUUACUGAGAGUGCUAUUAGAAAGAGUUGCCAUGUCAGAACAUCAGUUUAAUA